GUCCUUUUCUCUAACAUAUACAGUAGUAGUAAUCAAACAAUAUCAUCAAAAUCAGAUGAAAAUGUGUGGUCGUCUCCUUGUGCUCCUUUUCCUCAGCUUAUCAUUUUUCUUCUUCAAUUUCUCCCAAGCAAGAUCAAUAAUUACUUCAACUUCAACAAAACAAGAUGUUACUGCAGCUAGGAAAUGCUCAUACACAUUGACAAUCAAAACAAGUUGUUCUUCAUCUAAAUACACCAGAGAUAAAGUCAGUAUUGCUUUUGGAGAUUCUUAUGGAUUUGAGGUCUACGCGCCAAGACUAGAUAACCCAUCUUCCAGAAUAUUCGAGAGGUGCUCUACUGAUACUUUCAAGAUCAAUGGUCCAUGUACUUAUGAGAUCUGUUACCUUUACUUGAAGAGAGUUGGAUCUGAUGGCUGGAAACCACAGAGCGUUAAGGUGUACGGUCCAAGUCGUCCCGUUAUUACAUUUAAAUUUAAUAAGUUUUUACCUAAUGGAGUUUGGUUUGGAUUUAAUCACUGCCUUAAACUGUCUGCAUCUGUUAUGUAGGAAAUCCAGUAUGUAUGUAUUCAACCAUGAAUUUUGCAGAUUUAAUUCAUGUAGAAUUAUACUAUAAAAGUAUUGUUUGGAGAAUAAAAGAUACGGAGGAUCGGACCCCGGUAUAAACGGUUGUUAUCCUUU